ACCUUAAAGAUGGGUUGGACAGGGGCCCAUCUUCUCCACUAACCAUAAGGCGGGUAAACAAAUAAUUUUCAUUUUAAAGUGUACGUGUUGGGUACUCUUAUUCAUGCUCUUAUUAAUGCUUCGCUACCUCUUCUCUUUCGUUCGUAGAGUCGCACUCGUACACUGCACGCCACUCCGUCUACGAGCCGUUAAGCCUUCCCAGUACUGUAAUCAUUCUCCCUAUUAUUGCUCUUCUCUCGAUUUCUUCCAUGUAAUCUCUUCUUUCUACGGCCUCGCCGAGUCGCCGUCGUGAUCUCGAUGUCCGCAUCGCUUGCUCCCUCGAGAUAGCCUUUCGAGGCAGGAGAAGUCGGAGUGCUUAGCUCUUGAGGAGCCACAGGAAAAUGCACCAUAGAAGCCGACCACGCCGUCGGGAGGCACCCCCAGCUGCGGCGGAGUUCGGCCGGCGUCGGGUGUCAGUGAACCCAGCUCCAAAUGAAGAUCAUUAUGAUUUCAGAAAACGAUCAAAUGCUACUAGCACUGCAAUUGAUUCUGGUUAUAUCAUGGGGUUUUCAGCAGAAGAAGAUACUUUUGCUGCUAUGAUAAAGAGAAGCCCAUCCAAGAAAACCAGUGAAGUUCUGAUAAAGGAUUUGAUAGAGGAAGAAUUGUCAAAAGGGAAAGUAACUAAGCAUUCUUCACCCAGUUUAAUUGCGAAGCUGAUGGAUCUUGAUGCAUUCCCCUCUCUUGUCAAACAAAAAAAGAAUAUGGAUAGCCCAAUUUUUUGGGGAAAUUAUGUGAAAACUGAGGACCAUUCAAAAUGGAGAAAUAAGGAGAGACAAGAGCUCAAACAUGUUCUUCAAAUAAGCAAACCAACCAAAAGUAAGAAGCAUUCAAGUCACUCUGAUAUGAGGGCAAAACAUAGACAAAGAGCAUAUGAAGAUUAUGAGAAGAAUAAAAGGGGUAAAUUUAUGGAUAUAAAUAGGCAAUCACCCAUUGAAUUGUUUUACAAAUCUAAAGAACUCAAUGGUGCAUUUGGAAUUUCAGAUUCAAGCAGGGAUCUUUUUCUGGAACUUCUCCAAGAUUCCAACUCUUUAUUUGCAAAGCAUCUUCAAGAUCUGAAACAUGCACAGUUAUCUCAUCAAAGUAAGAUCACAAUACUAAAACCAUCUAAAUGCAGGACUGAGAAUGGGAGGAAUAAAGUUGGUUACAGGUCAUCCAGAACAGAAAAAAGUAACAAUAGGUUUACUUAUAUGCAUCAGGAAAUCACAGGCUCUUGUAAGACACAUGAAGCAAGACCUAAAAAAUGCCUCUUUGAAGAAGACACGGGUUCUCUUCCAUAUAAUCCAUUGGCACCACAGAGGGGCAGAUCCAAACCUGCUGUUCAUCCUGCUCAUAUUGUUAUCUUGAAACCAAUCCUUGAGAAAGCACAAAAGGUACCAGACGCUAAUUUUUUAGACCACGAUAACCUCUGGUUUGAUUCCAAAAAAGACAAAAAAAUUGCAGCAUCUAGAGCUCAGGAGUUCUGUGACAAGGAAGAAACUGGUCACAUGGUAAAUGAUGCAGAAGAAAACUACAGAAGGAUCACUAGAAAGAUGAGGCACAGCAGGAGUAGACUUAGCAAAUUGGAUUUUAGCCCUCCAGUUGCUGAGUACACUGGAGAUGGGGACUCAUUGACGAUGCUAGACAUCACAAAGCUUCCUGAUUCUGCAGACCCUUGUGGGAAUUGGAGAACUAGAUUAAGCCCAUUAUCUAUGGCUUCAACUAAAUAUUGUGUGAGCAUGGAGGAUCCAAACCACCACUAUUUGGAGAGAGGGAAUGUGACCCAACUAUUUCAGAACUUAGGGCUUAUUUCUCGAUGCUCAAGCACACAUGGUGAAGUUCUUGAACUAUCUGAGGAAGAGACUCCAAGGUUUUCUGUAGAUUUUUUGCAUAGGGAAAAUAUAUCAUUGGAAGCUUUAUCUAGAGAUGAAAUUCUCGGUAGCUGGAGCUUUCAAUUGGGUAUUAGCAGAGAAGAUUCCCCAAGAUAUGGGAGCUCCAUAUUUUCUCCAAGAUCCAAUUCACUUCCGGCUUCAUGUAGUCCAAAAUAUAAAGACAGAAAAAGCGUUGGUAGUAGCACCACUGAAUUACCAACAGCUAAACAAUCCGAGCACCCAAACUACAACUAUCAACUGGCUGGCUAUGUUGCAGAGGAAAAUAUGGCAUCUGAACGGGAGAUCCAUGUCAACUCAGAAGGACUUAGAAAGAGAAUUCAUGCAAAAGAUCUUGUCACCAAGACUAACUUAAAUACUGCAAUUACUAAUCAUGCCAUCACCAACUCCAAGAGAUAUCAUCUAAAUGAUAGUACUUUCAUUUCUAUACCUGGAGAUGAGGUAUGGCAUUUGACUACUCAGGAGGAGCACGCAAUGAAGUCUGCAUUUCAUGUUCCACUAGACAAUGGAUAUGGUUAUGUUAAGGAUAUAAUACUUCAGAAAAAACCAAGUGGUCAUCCUCAUGGGAAAUCGCUUCCAUCUGACUCAAAUGUUGCAAAAUCACAACCUCUAAGCUCCAACGACCUUGAACAGCCUAGUCCAGUCUCAGUUCUAGAGACUCCAUUGGAAGAUGAAACUUACAGCUCAGGUUGCUUUCACAGAUUAAGUGCAGAUCUUAAAGAACUCCGAAUUCAACUUCAACGUCUAAAAAUGGACUCAGGCGCUACAUGUGCAGAGGAAAGCCAGGUUCUUGUGCUGAGUGAUGAAGAUUGUGCAGCAGGCGAUUGUGAACUUCUACCUCUAGGGGAUUUACAUGAAGUAAGAUUCAAAGAUGUUGAUGAUAGAGACUUCACAUACCUAGUUGACAUACUUUUGGAGACAGGUAUUCAAAGUGUCCAUGAUGACAAACUCAUAAAAGAGUGCUGCUGUCUUGGAUUUGCUUUUGACCAAUAUGUUUUCGAUAAGCUCGAGAAGAGUUACGAUGGAAUUUCUUCAUGGUCAAGAUCAGAACGCAAAUUGCUGUUUGAUGUCGUAAGUUGUAAUCUAGUGGGUUUAGUUACUAGUUCAUACUCAGAUGUUUGCCUUGGGAUGCCCACAUCAAAGCUAUGUCUGCCAACAUACAACAGUGAGAGUCUUGUUGACGCACUAUGGCAAAUUGUGGUGAAGCAAAGGAAAGAGAUACAAUGCAGUCAGGAAAAGAUGAUCCUCGAGCCAGGAUGGCUUGGCUGGAAAAUUGAUGCCAAUGUCGUCGGGAUAGAAAUGGAGAGGUUGCUGAAUGCUGAUCUGUUGGAGGAACUUGUCAGUGAGCUUCUCUUAUGACAGUUUGGUGCCGGAGGUUUCAUUUUCAUCAAUCCAUCCUAGUUACCUCUCUAAUUUACCAGCAAACGCUAAAUGUUUAGGAGUAAUGUCUAGAAAAUAGAUCUGCACCUCCACCUGUUUGAGCAAUAAAAUUUAACUUCAUUGGAGGUGAUCACGAAGACUAUGCGUCAGUAAUAUAAAUAUGUAAAAUUUUCAAAUAAGUAAUUAUAUAUCCUAUCAACUUUAACACUAAA